AUUGUAUUAUCAAUUUAGAUAUUACGAGAGUUAGUUAAGGAUAAGGUGGAUUGGUAUUUAGACAAAUUAGUAGGAGAACUUGAGUAACAGACAGGAAAGUUGGUUUCUAUUCCAACUCUUUGGCGAUCUUUAGUUUACUGUGGAAUUAGUAGAAAGAAAUUACAUCAAGUAGCUUAUGAACAGAAUGAACUUCUUAGAAGCACAUUUAUUGCAAAAGUUGGACGUGAUUAUAAACCUGAACAGCUUAUAUUUAUGGAUGAAGUUUCUAAAGAUGAACGCACUUUAUCUCGUGGAUAUGGUUAUUCUUUAAAAAAUACUUUUGCAAUUAAAAAGAAUGUAUUUGUACGUGGAGUUCGUUAUACAAUAUUGCCUGCAUUUUCUUUACAAGGCAUUAUUGCUGUAGACAUCAUGGAAGGUAGCUGUAUAAAAGAAAUUUUUAAAAAUUUUGUUAUUUCAAAUGUGGUAAGUUUAGGAAUUGUUAUAAUAAUUAUUAUCUUACUUAUUUUACCUGUAAUAUUUAUUUUUUUUUCUUGUAUUAGGUUCCUCAAAUGAAUUCAUAUUCUGGUGAACAAAGUGUUCUUGUACUUGAUAAUGCGUGAAUUCACCAUGAUCAAGAUUUUGUAGAAUAUAUUGAAGCAUUUGGUGGUCGUGUUGAGUUUUUACCUCUUAUUCGCCAGAUCUUAACCCAGUUGAAACUUGUUUUUCCAUUAUAAAAUCAUUUUUAAAGAAAUACAGGGACUUUGUCUAUUCAUGUAAUGAUCCUAAAUAUCCUCUUUUAAUAGCAUGUUCUCAAAUUACUCCGGAGACAGCUA